AUGCUGUCAGAGUCACUUAAGUUCUAUGGCAAGGGCUCGCGGGCGAUGCUAAGCAUAGGUUUAGCCCGUAUGUACCAACAUAUACAAGCAAUUGGACAUCGAUGGUUAUACCAGGCGACCCCAUCGCCGAAGAAUGUGGUAGUUCUUGGUGGCUCAUAUGCCGGUAUCCACCUUGCCCAGCGACUGACAGAGACAUUGCCGACUGGCUAUCGGGCGGUCUUGAUUGAAAAAAACUCGCAUUUUAACCAUCUUUAUGUAUUCCCAAGGUUCGGGGUGGUCCCGGGAAUGGAGCAGUCAGCUUUCAUUCCAUACACCGGAAUUGCUAGCCACGCACCUGCUGGUAUCUUUCAGCAUGUUCAAGACUCCGCAACGAGUGUCACAGGAAAUACGAUCGAACUGGCGUCGGGCAAGAGCAUUAACUAUGAGUAUCUUGCUAUUGCAACGGGAUCCCAUCAACCCCCACCGGCAAGGAUGAAGUCUAAAGACAAGGAGGAUGCAUGUGCUGAAAUGCGUGUGAUCCAGAAACAAGUUCAGAAUGCGAAAAGAAUUGCAGUGAUAGGAGGAGGUCCUGUGGGAGUUCAAGUUGCAACUGAUAUCAAGAGUUUCUUUCCGGCUAAGAAUGUUACCCUAAUUCACUCACGGCACCAACUCUUGCCAAAUUUUGGUCCGCGUUUACAUGGGCAUAUUCUGCAGAGACUUGACCGGUUAAAUAUUAAGAGCAUAUUGGGUGAACGACCACAGAGCACCACAGAAGCAGUUGAUGGGACUGCCCCAAUUAGUCAGGAGUUGUCGCUGCGGUUUAAGAAUGGCUCUGAAGAGAUAUAUGAUUUGGUGAUCUGGUGCACGGGACAACUCCCAAACUCAAGCAUCCUCUCGAAAUGCUUUCCCUCCGCCAUAUGUAAAGAAACCGGCCAGAUCCUCGUUCAUCCAACUCUGCAGGUCAACAACAGUCCUGGAAUUGGAAACAAACACAUUUUUGCACUGGGAGAUGUCGCCAAAACCGAUGGUCCACGGAUGGGCCGGGCUUGCCAAUCCCAGGCAGAAAUAGUCGCGUCAAAUAUUCUAACACUGAUCAAAAGCCAGGACCAACUUGUUACAUACCGUCCAUCUAUCGUUGAUAGAGUAAUCAAGUUAACACUUGGAAAGAACGACUAUGUCUGGUAUGUGAAAGAUGAUAAUGGCCGCGAACUGAUGUUGACAGGCAAAGGUGGUGGUACUGACCUCAGCGUUGGCCAAGCCUGGAGCAAGCUUAGAGUCAGCCCAAGAGAUAUAACUGGCCAUUAA